UAAGAGGCUGUGGGAAAAAAAGUAAACAAAUACCAUGCAACCAAACAUGUCAUCCCAGGAAGGUUCCGCGUGUGCUGGGGAAGUAGUCGUGGUAACUGCAGCAGAAAAACGUAAAGUUUUCAAACCAUCGUACGUUAACAAAAUACCAGAAGAUAUCUUGCAAAAUGUCAACUUACAAAAUGCAAUCAGGGCUUUGCCUGAUAACUACAAUUUCGAAAUACACAAAACAAUCUGGCGAGUCAGACAACUUGCGGCGAAAAGAGUCGCCUUGCAAAUGCCGGAAGGACUGGUCAUGUUUGCAACGACUAUUUGCGACAUAAUCGAAGAAUUCACUGAAGCUGACACAGUGAUCAUGGGAGAUGUGACGUACGGAGCAUGUUGCAUUGAUGACUUCACUGCAAGGGCGUUAAAUGUGGAUCUUCUUGUUCAUUACGGACACAGUUGCCUUAUUCCAAUUGAUAGGACAGCAGGCAUUAAAAUGCUGUACGUUUUUGUGGACGUUAAGAUUGACGCACUACAUUUCCUGGACACGGUCAGGCUAAAUUUUCCUUCACAUAUGAGGUUAGGUUUGGUCAGCACCAUUCAGUUCGCUGCCACUUUGCACACUGUCGCUGCAGAGUUGGAACAGGAAGGGUACAAGGUGGUAGUUCCACAGUCCCGCCCGUUGUCUCCAGGCGAAAUACUGGGGUGUACUGCACCAAUCAUUGCCGAUGUAGAUUUGUUCAUUUACUUGGGGGAUGGGCGUUUCCACUUGGAAGCUGCCAUGAUUGCAAAUCCUCAGCUGCGGGCUUUCAGGUACGACCCGUACGCAAAGAAGUUCACGGAAGAGUUCUACGACCACGAGGCGAUGAGGAGCGCCAGGAAGCAGGCAGUGGUGACUGCGUCCGCUGCGAAGCGGUACGGCCUCAUCUUGGGGACGCUCGGCAGGCAAGGGAGCCCGAAGGUCAUGGAGCACUUCCAGGAGCUGCUGUCGGAGCUGUCGAGGGACAGCGUGACGGUGCUGCUCUCGGAGAUAUUCCCCGACAAGCUGCGCCUGUUCCCCGACGUGGACGCCUGGGUGCAGGUGGCGUGCCCCCGCCUGUCCAUCGACUGGGGCCGGGCCUUCCCCGCGCCCCUGCUCACGCCCUACGAGGCGGCGGUGGCUCUCGGCGAGGCCGGGUGGCUGCGAGGGGGCUACCCCAUGGACUUCUACGCCAGCGGCAGUCUCGGCCCGUGGACCCCCAACCACAAGCCCGGCGGCGACAAGUCCAGAGGCUCCAGUAAGGGCACCUGUGUUAACUGUGCCUGACGUCUUUUUAACCAUUACUGGAUAUAAAGGCCCUUGUUAGUGGUGCUUGCAAAAAAAAAUAUAUUAGAAGCAUAUUUUGCUACUUUUUGAUAUUAUAUUUAACGCUGAGGAAAAUAAAAAUUGUUUUAUAUUUAUUGUUAUAGUGAUUCUUAUCUGUUUUAUUAUAUGCACAGAAAAUAUUGUUUAAUUAAGUUUGUAAUUUCAUUGUCAUGAUGUGCUACUUUAAAAAUCCUCUCAUGUUAUGCUGGUUAUUUUAAUUCAAACUGACCAUUUUAUAUUUGUAUUCUCCCUUCUGUCAUAAAUGUAAAUAUAUUUUUGUAGUUUUUUUUUUUAACGUUGUAA